AUGAGCAGAGAUCCGCCUCCAAACUCCUUCCGCAUUCUGGGCUUCGUUAUCGACCCUGCCGAUGUCCUUCUUUACUGCCUGGCAUUCAUCUUCCCACCAUUGCCAGUGUUUUUUAGAAAGGGCUUCUUCAGCUACGAGUUGCUGAUCGCCAUGCUGCUGACAAUCCUAGCCCAUUUCCCAGGCCUACUCUACUCUGUCUACAUCAUUUACGAUACAAGUCUCAUAACCGGAUCAGACCGCGGAGUGGAGACAAGACUCAGAGCAUAUGGCCAAGGCAAUGGCGAAUACGAACCUCUCAAUGACGAUCCCGAAGCUCAGCCCCGUGAAGUUCUGUCUCCUGUUCCGCAGAGACUCGGCAGCCAAUUCCAUUACCAAGACUCCGCUCCCGAUGCGGAGCCUACCGAGGCCACUGCGGUGGGAUCAUCAGCCAAUCCACCAAGUUACGAUGACGCUAUCAAAAACUCAACUUCGCCCCCUCCGCUUGUUGGAGACCAUAAAGUUCAAAAUGAUUAG